GUCGGUUACAAGCAAAUAUGAAUGUAUUGUUUUUUAUUACACUCCUGGUAGUGUCCUGUACUUGUAUGAUUUUAGAAAAUGAAAACAUUGCCAGGGGUCGAUUAUCGUAUCAAAGUAUGGAAAAAGAUCAAACUAAUAGAGCAACUCAAGCCAAUUAUCUACUACCAAAUGGGCUAACAGAAACUUAUAAUAAUCUAAGAGCUAAUCAACUUGACUGGUGGUCAAUUGAUUUGGGUCAUAAAUACAAUAUAGAAGAGAUAUGCAUGUGGAAUUGUAAAGGACAAUCUUACAGUAAAGAUUUUAAAGUGUUUGCUGGGGAAUUUCCAGACGACGAACAGUCUACCUGUAUAGAUGGAAAUUUUGAAGUAAUUUAUGAGGCUACAUUCAGCCCCGUCAGUUACAAGUGUAAAACCUGUAGCUGUACAGGUUCCUACGUUUCAAUAAAAACUAAGGGACACGUAUUCAGAUUUUCUGCCUGUGAUAUUAAAAUAAAGGGAACUAUUGUUCAAAAUUCAGAGAAUGAAAUUUUCAACUUGUCAUCGUCGAAUUUUUAUUAUGGACAAUAUAUAAAUUCUCCACAACCAUCUGCUCUUCAAGAUUUGAAUUUUGCAACUUAUAUUGAAACUUUUUACCAUAAUCCUUCCCUAAUAAAACCUUUUAUUAGACUAGAUUUACUGGCAACUCGACAAGUUCAAACGAUUAUCAUACAAACAUACAAAUCAACUGGUAGAUACAUGUUUCAAGAUGUAAGGAUAACUAUUUUCAAAGUUCCUGAAACUUUCCAAUCUCCUCCACAGUCUAGUAUGAUAGCUCAUAUACGUGAUUCUUCAUCAGAUAAUUACAACUAUUAUCCAACCUAUGUUGGUUAUUCACCUCAAUACAUAUCCGGCAGAUUUGUUCUUAUUAAAGCAGAAACUGGUGGCAAUCCUAUUAUGACUUUGAGAAUAUCUCAUUUAUCUAUACAUGUAAAGAAACUAAACGAUACCAAUAUCAAUAGUAAAUGCAUUGAAAAAAAGAAUCAAUUUAUCUCUGUUCAUAAGGAUAAUAUCCAAUUAACAAAUAUAUUAAACGAUGGAAUAUAUUUUAGCGAUGGAACUACAGAUAAUAUUGCAUUUGGGCCAAGUCAACCUAUUUCUAUAACAACACAGACGAUCUUUUCAAAUACUAUUUGUUUAACGAGUAAAACAUUUUAUCUUUUUAUAGAUAAGCUUUCUGUUUUUAAAUUUAAAUCAGGCUUAUCAUUAUUUUUCUUCAGUUUUUGCAAGUGGUAUUGAAAGGGCUAAUGGCGUAGGUGUUCGUUUAUUGAAGGACGAUAUAAACGUACAUAACUACAAUGUCAAUACAGAAUUUCGUUACCAACAAACUGUAUGCGAGAAUUUCUCAAUUAAAUCGAUAAAUAAGAUAAUAAUAUUUGGAACACAUAAUUACAAACUAAGCGAAGUGGACAUAUAUAUCUGUAACAUUAAUAGUGUACCUAUUCCGAUAGAAAGUUUCCUUAAUAAUUGUCAAACAUCUCUUCAAGAUCAACUUAUUGUACCAAAUUCUAUUGCUAAUACAAUAUCUGCUGGAAUUGGAUUUGGUGGAUUUAAUUUAAGUAUUGAAUAUUUUAAAGUAUUUGGAAAAGUUAACAAUCAAAUGUUUAAAGAAUGUAAAAUGAUUGAUCGAAUGAUUGUUGUAAAUACAAAUGUCUUUUUCUACGAUUGCAAUUUACCUACUCAUACUAUUUAUGCUUAUAUUUUUAAUCCUAUUAUGAAGAUAACAAGUAUUCUAGUAUUAUAAAUGAUUCUGAUUGUUUAUAUUUUAAUGAUUAAUUGCACAAUUGAAUUGGAAAAUAUUGAAAAAUUAAUCAAAUAAAUAUAUUGGCCGUAGUAAAUAUUGUAUGGAAUUUUAGCACAUAAUUUGUUUGACAACUUACGAUUUACCAUACCUACUAUAUUGAAUGGAAAUUGUGUAAAAUCGUAUUUCAAGACGUAAGUUAUAGAUUUCUUAUACAAACAAAACAAAAACAUUUGUAAAAUAUAAAUAUAAAAUCUUAAUUAUUGAUUAAUUAAUAUUUCAAUCCGUUUAAAUACAAUAAAAAAGGGAAAAUACGAGUUUAAUACGAUAAUAGAUUUUUAACUUUGAGCUAGAGCAGAUAAAAAAAAUAGGAAGCAAGAACGGCAAGGAGAUUAAGCAUAGGUUUGAGAACGGGUACGGACUGACAGUGGAACGAUCACAACGCAGCGAAAUGAACACGAGCUGAGGUCUCUCCAGAAUGGGAAAAUGUAAUUAGCAGGAAUUGGCGACAUCAGAGUUUUAUCUGCGAGUCAGAGACAAGAGCCAACCUCAAAGAACACUUAGGAGUAAAAUAAAGAAGAAAAAGCAGCCAGCACAAUAGUUAAAGAUACGGAUUCGAUAACCGAUGGUAUUGAGGAAGACGGCGGACUACUAAAAAGGUCCUAACAGACAAGUUGAACACCAAGGAAAUCCGCCAGCGGGAAGAUAUUGGUGGGCAAACAGCCCACACGACACCCCACGGCCUUGAUGAAGUCCAUGACAAGAUGAGAAGGUCGUCGAGUGAUGAGGAAAUCACCCCUAAAGGCAACAGAUAGGAGGUAAUGGCUUUGAGCCACAAAAAACGAUCGAGCAAUUGAUGAAAGCACAACGUGAAGGAAUCAUGGGUGAGUGUGAAAGGAUGAUACAUAAAUGAAAAUUUUGAGCACAGUCAAGGCGAGAUGUAGGCGAGGUUCACUGAUUCCCUAAAACUAUCCAACGUGGCGUAGUAAGGAAGAAUGAAAUGGAGCCUCUACUAGCGAAGAUGGGUAAAGAUGCGCGACAUCUCCGCUCUGGAACGAGGGAAGUCGAGCAUAAGAGUCGGAAAAAGUCGGAAGAGUUCUGAUAGAGGCUAAAUCGCUAAUUUGGUGAAGAGGAGGCAAGACGUGAAGCCGGAAAAGUUAGUAGUUAACGAAACUUAUCUCCCACCAGCGUCGGGGGAGAGCACAACAAACGUUACACUAAUUGCCCUACCAUCUCGUGGAGAACAAGCCAAAGAGCCAACGUCUGGUAGAGGAAUACGACAUUGACGAUCGGGACAAGCUCGACCUACUGCUCGCUCAGCUGGGACCGAAUGUUAGGCGCGAAAUGGAGAAAUACCAAGAUGAACUUCUUGAGGAGUACAGGAACGCACUUUGGUGUCUCCAUCGCUAAUAUGUGAAAAUAAAACACAACGCAGCUGGCGCGGUGGCGAGACUCCGACAGAUCGACACCGUAAAGGAGAAUGACUACGAAGGCAAGAAAAGAUUGGCGCUGUUAAUGAGAGAGAAAUCCAAUUGGAGUUAGGCCUAUACGAAAAUUGCCGUACUCAACUUUGUUUUUGUGAGGGAAACUCUAAAUAAAUUACAGGCGGUACGAAGCGUUCUUUAUUAGAAUAUGCUAGACUCCAAGAAAGAAAAGAGUUAGCAACUGCCAACUAAAUAAAGAAAAAUUUAGGCCUAAAGAUCACAAAAAGAACGAUAUAUAUUAACCCCAUUGAGAAUUUAUACAGUUAUUUGAAACAAAAAGUGUACGAAAUUGGUAAGCCCCACACGCGUAAUCAUUUAUGAGACAAAAUACAAGAAGAAAAAAUACAUAUUAACAAUAGAGAUUUUAUAAAACACCUGUAAGAGGGAAUAAGAGAAGAGCUUGGCAAAUUAUUGUCAACAAAGCCAAUCAGAUUGAUUAUUAACUUUUAGACUAAAACAAAAAAUAGAAACUUAAAACAAAGACAAACUAAUUAAUUAAGAUAAUAUGGAUAUUUUUGGCAAAAUAUUUUUUUUCCCAGCAAACCGAA